AUGGAGGGCUCUACAGUGCAAGAUAAAAAGUUUGAAGUAGGUCCCCCUAGCGGUAAUUGGCAAUCACUGUUAUUAAAUAAAAUCGUCUUUGUAACUGGAGCGGGAGGUGCUAUUGGAAGUUCGAUUGCUCAUACCUGUGCAUUACAUGGAGCAAAAGUGGUAGUUGCCGAUGUGAACAAGCAAACAGCUGAUGAAGUCGUUAAAACCAUAUUGACUGAUAAAGCAUUGGUACAAGGUGACGCAAAUAAUGAAAAUACAGAGCGUGUCAUUUCUGUUGAACUUGAUGUGGCAGAUGAUACUAGCGUUAAAAAUAGUGUAAAUGCCAUUCUUACUAAAUGGAAGACAAUAGAUAUUCUAGUGAAUAAUGCUGCGAUAUUUACCCUAGGUGAAAUUGAAAAUAUAUCUGCCGAAGAUUGGACCAAAGUAUUUAAUAUUAACGUGAGAGGUUAUGCAUUAAUGGCCAAAUAUGUAGUGCCAAUCAUGAAAAAGCAAAAGUCUGGUUGCAUCAUCAAUAUGGCAAGUCACAGUAGUUUGAUUGCACAACCAGCCUUCGUUCCUUAUAGUACAACGAAAGGAGCCAUCUUACAAAUGACAAGAAAUUUGGCAUUAGAUCUUGGUCCAUUUAAUAUUCGUGUGCUCUCCAUCUGUCCAGGAACAAUUUGUAAGAUUUAA